AUGACUCGCUUCAAAGUCGAACAAGUGACGAGGACCGUGGAACAGAAGUUUCUCCCCUUGGGCGUAUGGCAGACCCAGGGCUUCGAUACUGACAAAAUUAUGGCCAAGGGAGAGAGACGAGACUGUGAGGUCUUCGGUGAAGUGUGGGCUGCACCCUUGCUGACAGUCAAGCACGAGGACAUACGGGGUUCCAUGGAGAAGGAGGUCGCCACCAAAGAAUAUACUUUAAAGGAGAAGAAACAAGUGAAGACAAAGGCGAAAGCAAAGGCUGGAGCACUGAGCGAGCAAGCCGGACAUGAGCAGCUGCAGAUCGAUGAGGACUGCUGGUCCAUUCCUAGCUCUGACGAGGCUCCCCAGACCACGGAGUCCAAGGCGGCCAAAGUAUCGAAAGGUGAUGAUGCCACGUCGGUUGCACGCAAGGCAGCCAAAGAUGCCAAGGACAAGGAGAACUCAUGGAAGCGUGAAGUUGCCAAGGCGGCCAGGCACAUCGCCGCCUUGAAUUCCUUGUGCAACUCUUUGACAGCGACGGCGGCCAAGUGCAAGAACCAGGAUGGCUUCGGUGAUGACACUAUCACUGGCUUGGAGGAAGCUUUGCAAGUCCUGAGCGUUUUCAAGUGCAGUGCUACUGCCUUGAUUGGUGCCACUUCCGAUGAAAAGGAAGCCAACAAGCCCUUUGAGUUCGACAAGGACCAAGUGCUGCCCCAAAAGAUCAAAGCAGCACAGGAUUUGCUCAAGGAUGUGCGCAAAAUUUUUUCGGAACGAACUGCUGCAAAGAAAGCAGCAAUGCCACCAAAGGAAACUGAAGCGAAGAGAAAGGCCAAGGCCAAGGCCAAAUCGGCCGCUGAGAAGUGA